AUGUCUUCACGAAAUAGAAAUAUUAAAAAAAAAGCUCGUACUAUUAGUAAGAAGGUUCGGCAUAACUGGAGUGUUUGCGAAAAACUUAUAGUGGUUUAUUAUUUUGAAUGUAUUAAAAAUGUAAGAGCAACUGCAAGGCGAUUUGAUAUUAACCUAAACAAGUUCGUGACUGGCGAA